UGCGCUUUCUUUCGGCGCCUGGAUUUGCGCUGCGGCAGCGUGCUCGGGCUCCAGCAUCGUGGACGAGCUUGUAAAAUAUGAGUGUUCCGGCAUUUGUUGACAUAACCGAGGAGGAUCAGGCUUCAGAGCUUAGAGCCUACAUUAAAUCAAAAGGAGCGGAGAUUUCCGAGGAGAAUUCAGAGGGUGGACCUCAUGUGGACUUGGCACAGAUCAUUGAUGUGUGUGAUGUUUGCCUCAAGGAGGACGACAAAGAUGGGGAGAGUGUGAUGAACAGUAUCGUGUCCCUGCUGCUCAUCUUGGAGACGGAUAAGCAGGAGGCCCUGAUCGAGAGCCUCUGCGAGAAACUGGUCAAGUUCCGGGAAGGAGAGCGACCGUCUCUGAGGAUGCAGCUGCUGAGUAACCUGUUCUACGGCAUGGAUGAAAAUGCCUCUGUGAGGUACACAGUGUACUGCAGUCUCAUUAAGGUUGCAGCCACCUGCAGUGCCAUCUCUUUCAUCCCCACGGAUCUUGAUCAGGUACGAAAGUGGAUAGUGGAUUGGAAUCUCAGUAUAGAGAAGAAACACACACUUUUGAGAAUGGUAUAUGAAGCUCUGGUGGACUGCAAAAAAAGUGAAGCAGCAGCAAAAGUGAUGGUGGAGCUCCUGGGAAGCUACACAGAGGACAAUGCCUCUCAAGCACGGGUGGAUGCUCACAGGUGUAUCGUUAGUGCUUUGAAAGACCCAGACACUUUUCUGUUUGACCACCUCCUCAUUCUGAAGCCAGUGUGUUUCUUGGAAGGGGAGUUGAUUCAUGAUCUCUUAACCAUAUUUGUGAGUGCAAAGCUUGCAACAUAUGUCAAGUUCUACCAAAACAACAAAGACUUUGUUGAUUCUCUCGGUCUUUCACAUGAUCAGAACAUGGCCAAAAUGAGGCUACUUACAUUCAUGGGGAUGGCUGUGGAAUAUAAGGAGAUCUCCUUGGACACCAUGCAGCAGGAGUUACAGAUCGGUACUGACGAAGUAGAGGCUUUUGUCAUUGAUGCUGUUCGAACCAAGAUGGUUUAUUGCAAAAUUGACCAGACGCAGCGCAAAGUUGUAGUGAGCCACAGCACCCAUCGGACCUUUGGGAAGCAGCAGUGGCAGCAGCUGUAUGACAGCCUCAGUGCCUGGAAACAAAACCUGGCUGCUGUCAAGACCAGCCUGCAAGCUUUAACCUCUUCUACAUAA